GAAAUAUAUAGUGGUAAAUAUCUGAAGUACACAUCAUUUGCUGACUAGUAUAUUUUGAUACGUCACAUAAAAUUACAUGCAAGUUGGGUUUCCUGCUAAGCCACACUUCAGACGCUGGUGUUUCCAAGGCUGGCUGGGUAACUAACAACGAUUGACCGAAAGAUCAAGAUGGGUCAUCAGUAAAUUAACUUUGAAACUCGUUCAGUGUUUUCUUUCGUUUUGAUUCGCAUGUAUUUACAAUAAAUUUGUGAUAUUAAAUUAGUAGUUAGAAUGGAGCGCGACUGGCGAAUUACGGCAUUUUCAAUAGUUUUAUUUGGAUUAUUUACAAUUUGCUUAACACAGUCAGAUCCCUGUCCAAAUCCACCGUAUGGGCAAACAGGAGACUGCAAAGUACUCACUGAAUGUGAAAGCUUGUACCAUAUUUUAAAAAACCGUCCCAUUAAAGCUGCCGAUGCCAAUAAAUUGAGACAGGCGCAAUGUGGAUUCGAAGGUACGUUACCAAAAGUAUGUUGUCCUCUCGAUGAUAGACCUCCAACAACUACUCAGCAAGAAAGUUAUGGAAGUGCAAAACCUGCAGAUAGCAAUCUUUUACCAUCAACAGAUAUAUGUGGAGUAGCUACUUUAGACGAAAAAAUUUUAGGUGGAAAUGCUACGGAAUUAGACGAAUUCCCGUGGAUGUGUUUGGUGGAAUAUGAAAGAGAUAAUAGGAAACAUGGGUUUUAUUGUGGAGGUGUAUUAAUAAAUAACAGAUAUAUUUUGACGGCUGCUCACUGCGUCAAGGGAAAAGAUCUUCCAAAGUCGUGGAAGCUAGUAGGGGUGCGGUUAGGAGAAUAUAAUCUCGAUACAGAAGAAGACUGUAAAUUAACUGCCAAAGGAACAAAUAUAUGUGCUCCCGCUCCGAUUAAUGUGGCUGUGGAAGAGAAAAUUGCCCACGAACAGUACAAUCCUAACGAUCCCAAUCAGUACCACGACAUUGCUCUUCUUAGAUUGAGUAGACCAGUUACUUUCACUAAUUACGUGAGACCUAUCUGCCUUCCAAAAACUUCAGCUACCCAAGGAGAAUAUGUAGGAAAGAAUUUAUUCGUUGCUGGAUGGGGUAAAACUGAAACAAGAUCAGAAAGUAACAUUAAACUCAAAUUGAAAAUUCCAGUCAAAUCUAAUAGAGAAUGUUCGAGAACCUAUACUCAAGCAGGUGUGCAAGUAAAUUCGGGACAAUUGUGUGCAGGAGGAGAGAAAGGAAAAGAUUCUUGUAGAGGUGACAGCGGAGGCCCUCUAAUGACAUUCACUGUUAAUGAAGACGGCAAACCUGGUUGGUACAUUAUUGGUGUAGUUUCCUUCGGACCUUCGCCUUGCGGUAUGGAAAAUUGGCCUGGUGUCUACACAAGAGUAGAGAACUACGUCCAGUGGAUAGUAUCUAAGUUGAGGCCUUGAUUUUAUAGUUUUAAUUUAUGUUUGGAGGAUAUUUCCUUGGACCGUUCAAAAAACUUCAACAUUUCUAGCAUUUGAAGAAAAUAA